AUGGAGACGCGGCUGCUCGAAAAUUCCAUCGCGAAAAUUUGCGGCCUUCUCGCGGUCGGGUUCGGCGAAGCCGGGUCCGCGGUCAUCGCGGAGAACAUGAAGCGCGGCGGCGAGAUCGACCCGAUGAUCCCCGGGAAGAAAGUCUGCGCCAUCUUCGGCUUCUGCGACAUCAGGCAGUUCACGGACACGACCGAGGUUCUGCAAGAGGGCAUCAUGGAGUUCGUGAACACGAUCGGGAAGAUCGUGCACAUGGAGGUGCAUCUGCACGGCGGCAGCGCGAACAAGAACAUCGGCGACGCGUUCCUUCUCGUGUGGAAGUUCCCGAAAGACAUCACCCUUCACGACGUCGAGGCGCCGCACCUCACGACGAAAGAGAAGCGCGAGCAGAUCGCGGUCGUGGCGAACAACGCGCUCGCGUCGUUCGUCGUCAUCAUGGCCGGGCUGCGAAGAAGCGCCAAGUUGAACACGUACCGAAACGACACGCGUCUGAACGCGCGGCUGCCGAACUUCGAGGUCAAGAUGGGGUUCGGUCUACACGUCGGGUGGGCGAUCGAGGGCGCGAUCGGGUCGGAGUACAAGGUGGACGCGUCCUAUCUCUCCCCGAACGUGAACAUGUCCGCGCGUCUGGAAGCGGCGACGAAGCAGUUCGGCGUGCCGCUGCUGUUGUCCGAAGACUUCGUGCACAUCUGCGGCGAACGCGUGCGCGCGCAGUGCCGGCAGCUCGACGUCGUGACCUCGAACUCGUUCCAGAGCUACGAGGACGAGUUCGAGGAACACCCGGACAUCGUCGCGCUUCGACGCGGCGUGACCGAGACGUUCUUAUCCGAGUUUAAACGCGGGUUCGAUCUGUAUCGCGCCGGGGAGUGGGGAGACGCCGCGGCGGUGCUGCGAGAGACCGCGCGCGGGUUCGGCGGCGGCGAGCGCGGGGACGACAGAGAAGACGGCCCGUCGUUGAGUUUGUUGAGAGUCAUGGAAGCGCACGGGUGCGAGGCGCCGCGGGAUUGGAAAGGGUACCGCGAGCUCACGGAGAAGUGA